UUAUAAGACAUUCAAAUCAAUUAAUUUACCUAAAUUUAGCCCUCGUGAGCACCAAAUUUUUUUUUACCUAAAUUUAGUUGGCGAUCAAAGUAAAAACUUUAUCAAAAUAUAUCAAAAUUUAAAAAACACAUUCCUUGAAAAAAAAAGGAAAAAUUGAAACAAUAAUCCCAUCUUUGAUUCAUCUGCUCAAAACAGGGCAAUCUUUGCGUAUUCUGGGAACAAUCCCACCUUUCAUCUCUAUUUUCUCAAAACAAGCCCUUUUACCUACAACUUGUUUAACAGGUUAAUUUUUUUUUUCAAUUUUUUUUAAUCUUUCCUCCCUAAAAUAAAAUAAAAAUAAAUAAAGUUAAAAACAAAAAACCACCUUUUCCCUCCUCCCCCUUCCCUCACCAGUUCCCCACCACGGCCACUAGCCACCAAUUCAUCAAGGCACCACUCUAUCACCUUACCCACCUCCGUAUCCCCACCUCCCUGCCCACCACCUCCACUACCUCUAUCCAUGUCACCACUCACCACUAACCCACCACCAACGACGCCUCUCACACCACCGCUGACCCUCAUCGCCACGAAAACCCUUCCAAUAGCACCACCUCUCUCAUCACCCACAAAACCUCACCCCCUAAAACCCACCAGCACCACUGCAUCACAUACAAUCUCCACACCACGAUUGACUUCCACCUCAAAACACCAACCACAACUCGUGAAACCCCACCUGACACCACAUCCCUCUUUGAUGCGUACUCCACCAACCCCCACAUUACCAUUUCUAGAUGUUCCCCACAUUACCAUUUCUAGCUAUUAAUGGAGCAUUCAAGCAAGUAAGGCAGGUAGCAGCUUUUACCCACAAUUCUACCUAGAAAAAUUCAAUUACAAACUUAAAUUAAAUAAUAAAAACCUCAAUUUUUGCUAAUACCCACAAAAAUUCACAUCUACCCUAUUUCACAAUCACCAAAUAUAAAUAAAAUGUUGGGUAAUAAAUUAACCAUGAACAAAAGUAAUUUUCAAGGGAAGGGGAAGAUGAGGGUGGUCGUUGAGGUGGCGGAUUUGUUUAAGACCGGCGGGGUGGGGUUGAGUCGAGGACGAUGAUAAUCGUUCAGGCAAGGGCGGCUCAGGGGUUGGGGAAUGGUUGUCGUUCAGGGGCUAAGCUGGGGUUGGGUUGUAUUUUUUUUAAUUUAUGUUUUUAUUUUUAUUUUUUAAUAAUUUAAAAAUAUUGGGCCAAUUAGUAAGUGACACAUGGCAUGUCACUUGCUAAAACCGGUUAACAAUUUAGAAAACAGGUCAAGGGCUUGCUUUGAGAAAAUAGGGAUGAAAGGUGGGAUUGUUCCCAGAAUACGCAAAGGUUGGCCUGUUUUGAGCAGAUGGAGCAAAGGUGAGAUUAUUCUUUUCAAUUUUUCCAAAAAAAAAAAGGAAAAAAUGGAAAUAAAUAAUCCCACUUGCGUGAUUAGACAAUAAUAAUCCCACCUUUUGAUUAUUACGAGGUAAUCCCACCUUUGUAUGUCAUCUUCUUAGACCUUGAGGUCCUUGACUGGUUAGUGACCGAUUUUUGUAGGUUAUAUGCCACGUGUUAGAUUUUAAUUGGUUUAUUAUAUAUAUUUUUUUUUUUAAAAAAAACUAAACUUAAAUACAGAAAAAAAUAAAAAAACCCAGUCACCACCCAUCAACCCCCACAAGCCACCGUAAAACCCUCACCCCAGCCACCACCAAAGAUCGGUCGGUCGCCCUCCUUAAUGUCCGAAAAGCGCCCGCCGACACCUACCCACCCACCAGGUGACAUGUUUUUAGGGUGUUUAGGGGGGUUUUCGGGGCUGAGAGCCUGAGAUAGUGAUAUAGGAAUUGGGGAUUUUUGUGGUCGAGAUGGGGAAUUUCGGGGUAUUUAGGGAGGUUGAGUGGGAUUGUCGAUAGUUUUUCGGUGGUUAUAGGGGUUAAUCAAGGCUGGGAUGGAAGUUUUCGGUGGUUAUUCGGUGGUAAUAAGGGGUAAUCGAGGCUGGGAUGGGGUGUUUUCGGCGGUGUAGGGGGUUUAUCGGGGCUGGGAUGGCGGUAUUCAGCGGUCAUAGGGGUUUUCGGCGGCUGGGUAGUGUUUUAGGGUGGUGGUUAUGGUGUCGGGGUUAAAUUUGGGUUAGGGGUGAUUUCGGGGGUGACUUUUGGUGGUUCUGGUUGGCGUUUUUGGGGGUCUAGGCUGGUAUCCGACCGUUUUUAGGUGGGCCUAGGGUAUGUGGGGUAGGGGUUUCUCGGCGGCCGGGGGGUGGCUGGUGGGUUUUUUUUGUUUUUUAUUUUUAUUUUUUACUUGUUUUUUUGUUAACUUUUAUUAUUUUUGCCCAUUCAUCAAGCGACAUAUGGCUUUGAAAAAAAUUAAAAAAAAAACAUGCUAACCUGUUUAAUAGGUUGUAGGUAAAAAGACCUAUUAAAAGAAGAUGACAUACAAUUGACACAAAGGUGGAUUGUCUGUAAUAAUGAAAAGUCCGGCAGUCCCUCUCCUGAAAGCUCCGGUCGGCAAGCAAGCUGUUCUCUUGCGGCCUUCUGUUGACAUUUGGACUUUGGUGCUGGCAACAAUGGAUCCAGUCAACAACAAUAGCCUCAGUAACAAUACUAGUAUGUCUUCAAAGCAACGACUCCGAUGGACCAAUGAACUUCAUGAGCGUUUUGUUGAUGCUGUAGCGCAACUGGGUGGGCCAGACCGUGCUACUCCCAAAGGUGUCCUUAGGGUCAUGGGAGUACAAGGCUUGACAAUAUAUCAUGUCAAAAGCCAUUUACAGAAAUAUCGUCUUGCUAAGUACCUCCCUGAUUCCUUAUCUGAGGGGAAAAAAGCAGACAAGAAGGAAUCUGUGGAUAUGCUUUAUGGUUUGGAAAGUUCAUCUGGUAUGCAAAUCACCGAGGCACUAAAGCUGCAAAUGGAGGUGCAGAAGCGAUUGCAUGAGCAAUUGGAGGUGCAAAGACAGCUACAGUUACGAAUAGAAGCUCAGGGUAAAUACUUGAAGAAGAUAAUAGAGGAGCAGCAGCGCCUAAGUGGAACUCUUGCUGAAGUGCCCGGCUCUGAAGAUUCAGAAUCUAUAAAGAGUGACCCUACAACUCCUGCUCCUACAUCAGAAUCACCCUUGGGCAAAUACAGCAAAGAUUGUGCAGUUGCUAAGACCACAUCUUUAGAUGAGUCUUUCUCAUCUCAACAGGAACCAUUGACUCCAGACUCUAUUUGCCAUGAUGCUACCAUAUGUGAAAAUCUUAAUGAAGAAAGAUCAGUAAAGCAGCCAUGUUUGACCAAUAAUGAUGAAGCAUUUUCAAAUCAAGAGAUGUUCUUCACCCAGCAGAUACUAGAGUCGAGUAUGACUCCAUCUCUUCAACAAAGGAACCUCAUUUAUGCUGGAGAACCAUGUGAACCUUCUUCUUUAUCAAUUGGCAAAGAGGACUGAUCAGAAGAACUAUGAAUUGCCACUUGCCAGUCUUGCAUCUGAAAACUUGAGCUCUGUGAACCCUUUGCAAUAUUAACCCUGGGGAUGCUUUAUUCUGAGCUUGGUUACUCUGGUUGAUGCCAAAAAGCAGCACAUGCCCACAUCCAAACCAAUUUUUUCCCAUACCUUUGGAACUUGAGCAUAUUCCAUGCAUUUAUACUGCGUAUCAUGUUGACCAUGUUUCUUGCUCAUAAACAUUUAGAAUUUCUAUUUUUUUUUUUUUUUUUAUCAAAAGUACAUGUUUCUUGCUCAUACAAUGUAUUUGGCCACACAGGAGGUCUUUUCUUCUUUCCGAUAAAAAAUAGUGUAGGAUAUGUAACAAACCUUGAAAAUGGAUCUACGAAAGCUAUUGAAUUUCACUAAUACUAAA